AAUCAUGGCGGCUUCCAGCGAUCCGUCUCCCGUCCGGUGUCCCUUCGUAUAUUGGGCCCAGUCCGCUUCUCAGAUCACGCUCAAGGUUGAAUUGAAGGAUUCGACGAAACCAAAAUGGAAUUUGGGAGAAAAAGAGGUUGAGUUCGAAGCCCUUGGAACUGGAGCACAUGGGGAAAGUAGGUAUACCUUUAAGCUUUCCCUCUACAAAGCUAUUGUCCCUCAGGAGUGCAAGGUGAAAGUAUCUGAGAGGCAAGUGGAUAUAGUGCUGCAGAAGAAGAAAGAAAAGGACUGGUGGGAUCGCCUACUUGCCUUUGGACAAGGAAAACCCCAAUGGCUAAAGGUGGACUUUGACAAGUGGAAGUCAGAGGAUGAUGAGGAGGAAGAAAAUAGGAAGAGAGACAUCUUUGAGGACUAUCCAUCCAUCUAUGAUGAUCUCAAAAACAAAGAGCUGGGUCCCCCAUUUGUGCAAAACUGGCAGAAGCUAUACCUUUUUAUGUAUAACCUGUGGCAAUGGAUUGCGUUUAUGUACAUCUUGAUAGUCCUUGGCCUUCGAUACUUGAGGGAUGGACCAGAUUCUUUUGAGUAUGCUUGGAUGGGUGUGGGGAAGACAGCUAAGUUUGCCACCCUUAUGCAAGUGCUUGAGGUCAUCCACCCACUGUGGGGAAUUGCCAAGGGGAAGCCCCUCAACGCUUUCAUACAGCUUGGAGGGAGGUCGGUGAUUUUGUUUCUGCAAUUGGAUGCAGAGCCAAGGCUGCAGAUAAAGCCAGUGGUGUUCUACAUUCUUGUCACUUAUGCACUCAUUGAGGUUGUCAGGUACCCAUACUACAUGUUCCAUGUGUAUGGGAUAAACUUUCCACUCCUCACGUGGCUGCGAUACACAAUGUGGAUUCCAUUGUACCCCCUGGGCUUCAUCUGUGAGGGAGUGAUCUUCUUGCGUGGGAUCCCCUAUUUCGAGGAAACAGGGAAGUACACUGUCUCCCUUCCUAAUUCAUGGAACUGGAGCUUCCAUUUCCCAAAUGUUGUCCGCAUCUACCUUCUCCUCUUCUUCAUUCCAGUGAUGUAUGCCAUGAUGAUGCACAUGUACCGGCAGAGGAAGCGGAUUUUGGGACCACACACCAAGAGUCAUUCAUCGUAGGUCACGUAAUCGAUUCGUUCUUCUGAUGCAGAGAACUUCUUAUACCAUUUUGUCCAAGCUAUACCAUUACUGCUGUCAUUCCCAUUGACUUUUGGUAUCAGUUGUGUUCUGGACCGGGCCACCAUGUCCCAGUGAUAUACUCUUGCAAUUGCACUAGAAAGCC